AUGAUUGAUUGUGGUUCACGUACUCCUUUUCUAGCUUUGGUUUACCCAAGCGGCACAUGUGCUGUGGUAGCGGUAACACAACUUUUACAAGCUGGGGAUCAUGCUAUUCUUUUUGACUCAGUUUAUCAUGGUACCAGAACUUACCUAAGCAUUUGCAGUGAUUUGGAAAGAAUCAACGUUUCGUUUGUUGAUUUACGAGAUCACCAUCAACUGGAGAAACACAUUCGAGAUAAUACGAAGAUGGUUUGGAUAGAGACCCCUUCUAAUCCUACGAUGAAAAUGAUAGAUAUAGCAGCAGUUGCAGCGAUCCUGAAAAAAUAUCCUGACAUCUUCUUAGCUGUGGAUAAUACGUUUAUGACACCUUAUUGCCAAAACCCAUUGCUACUUGGAGCAGAUAUUGCAAUGCAUUCUCUUACAAAGUAUAUGAAUGGUCAUACUGAUGUACUUAUGGGAGCUAUCGCAACAAGUAAUGACACGUUGUAUGAAAAACUGCAAGUUGUCCAAGCAA